GUGAAGACACUUAGGCAUUUCCUUUCUGUGGUUAUUCAAUUUGCGCGACUACUUACUCAACAUUUACGAAGACUUUCAUUUUCAAGUACGGGAAGGUGAUAAGUGUGAAAAUAAAACAUACUGCCAAUGACCAUCCCGGUCUUUUUUUUUUUCAUAAUAAAUGUGAAAGACAUGUGAGCUUCUUUCCAUUUUUCCAAGUUAAUUCAGAAAUAACUCAGGACCAAAACUAUUCAAGGAAAAAUGCAACUUUAGAGGGACUCUAAAUACAACUAUGCAAUCUCAAACCGUCCAGCAUAUCACGGAGUGUUUUGUAAAACCCCAGUAUGUCACGGAGGAGUCAAAGCAACCGUACUAUCUAAUGCCAUGGGAGUUACCCAUGCUUUCAUGGCACUACAUCCAAAAAGGCCUUCUUUUCGAAACACCGCCACAGGUUAACCGAGCAAACUUCAUGAACGAUCUCUUAGAUAGACUCAAGUAUUCCCUUUCCCUCACUCUCGUUCAGUACUAUCCUCUUGCUGGCCGCCUAGCGACAGAGAAACAAGAAAAUGACUCUUCCUACCUGAUUUUCGUCGAUUGCGUCAACAGUCCCGGUGCGAAAUUUAUUCAUGCAAAACUCGACAUGAUAACAUCGGAGAUUAUUUCUACGAGGUAUGAACCAUUGGUUGCUCGAUCAUUCUUUGACCAUAAAACAUCCGUCAGCUACGAUGGUCGCACAAAACCCCUGGUUUCCAUCCAAGUUACCGAAUUAAAUGAUGGAGUCUUCAUCGGCUGCUCAAUGAGCCACGCUAUCGCUGAUGGGACCACCUACUGGAGUUUCUGGAAGAAACUGUCCGGUAUAUUCCAAACGGGUGGAAAUAAUAAACAAAAUGAACGUCCUGCUGUAAACCUGAAAAGGUGGUCCUCAGUGGGGUGCGGUCCUUUAGUUGACUUCCCAGUCACUUUUCAAGAUGCGUUCAUCACCAACGUCGAUGUGCCCGAGGGUCAUGUAUCAAGAAAAUUCCACUUUUCGGCAGACUCGGCUGCGAAACUGAAAGCUAAAGCAAAUUCAGAAUGCAAUACCACCGUGAUAUCAUCAUUCCAAUCCUUAAUCGCGCAUUUAUGGAGAUCCAUAACGAAGGCAAGGCGCCUGCCUAGCGAUCAGACAGUUUUAUGUAUCGCCGCUGUAAAUAUUCGACCAAGGAUGAAGCCUCCUUUACCUGCAGAUUGUUUCGGAUGCAUGAUUGGAGCGGCCACUGCGCGAACCACAGCUGGUCAACUCCUCGAAGAAAGUCUCGGAUGGGUGGCUUGGGAGAUACACCAAGCGAUUGUCAGCUACACGGAUGCAUCGGUGCGCAAAUCUACCGAGAAAUGGAUCCGCGCACCAUCAAUUAUCGAUAUUACUAAAUUGUUCUCUCCGAAUUCGAUGGUUGUUGGUGGCUCGCCAUGGUUCGAUAUGUACGGGAAUGAGUUCGGGAUGGGUAAAGCGUUGGCGAUCCUUAUGGGAACUGCGCUCAAGCUUGAUGGUUGUGUUGAGACGUUGCCUGGACUCGAGGGAAGAGGAAGCGUGGAAUUUGGAGUGUGCCUGGGAGCUUCUGCGAUGGAAGCACUGGAAGCUGACGAGGAGUUCAUGGCUUUUGUUUCUUGACCGCUUCACAAUGAAAACAAAUCUCGGCGAUUUUACCAAGGUCCUUUGGUACCUUUACCAUCUCAAAUUUUUUUACCAAUUAUUGGUAAUUAAUCA